CUAGCUCAAUCUCGAGGAAACUUCCUUUGACUGAAUUCCUCACGAAUUGAAUUCUAGAAAUUGCAACAAAAAUCAGACAAGCUUGAAAGAGAAGUCUUGAGAAUUCCUUAAAAGCAUUACUUCUGACAUUCUAGAGAGAGAAAACCCCAAUUUUAUCUUUGAUUUUCAGUGAAAAAAGCAUACAGAUGGCGUCGGCGUUGAUUGGAGGGGCGGCUUUGGGAGCAGCUUUCGGUGAAUUAAUGAAAGUUGCUGUGGAUGUGGCUGAAAAAACCAUCAACUUCAAGUCUGAACUCGGCAUAUUUGUAUCGAUUCUGAAUUCACUCGCACCAAUUGUACUCGAUAUUGAGGGGUUGAACAAAAAAUUGGAUGUUCCGGAGGAAGAAACCAAAACGUUCACCCAUCUGUUGAAAAAGGCAACGGAUCUGGUGCGCAAGUGCUCGAAAUUUGAGGGUUUGAACUGCAUCAAGAGAUUUUCUUACUCGAGGAAGCUCAUGGAAUUUGGCGAUUCGCUUGAGAAAUUCUUUCAGAUAUAUGUGCAGGCUGUGCAGACAAGAGAUAACAAGAAGAUUCUGGUGAAAGUGAAUGAACUAGAGGAUUUGUAUGGAAACAUUCUGGUGAAAGUGAAUGAAAUGGCGAAAUGGGAAAUGGCGGAAUUGUAUGAAAAGUUUGUGGAGAAAGCGACGUGGAUGGAUUUGAUAUUCGAUGAAAAGAUGAUCGAUAUGAAAGCGAGAUUGGAUGAAAAGAUGAUUGAGAUGUUUGCGAUGUUGGAUGAAGAGAUUGUGGAGAAUGAUAAUAAAAUAGAUGCGAAAUUGAAAGAAAUAUAUGCCAAAUUGGAUGAAAAAAUGAAUGAAAUGGAGGCCAAAUUGGAUGAAAAGUGGUCGACUAUGAGGAAAGGUGGAUGGGUUUAUGAUUGGAACAUAGCUCCAGCCACCAAUCACCUUCACUUUAAGGCAGUUGAUGUUAAAGUCGAAAUGGACUCUGAUGAAUGCGAAAGGGGAGUGAUAUAUUCUGUUAUUUCCAUGGAAGGUGUGAAAUCUGUGGAGGUUAACCGAAAGCAAAACCGGGUGACAGUUAGUGGCUAUGUUGAUCCAAACAUGGUCUUGAAGAAGGUGAAGAGUACUGGAAAGAGAGCUGAAUUCUGGGCUCACAUGCCAUAUAAUUUUCCUGAGGCCUCAAAUAUGACUGAGGAGAGAUUCAAUAUCUUCAGUGACGAAAACGCAAAUGGAUGUUCCAUCAUGUGAAGUACUGCUGCUCGUGUGUGAGUUUUUUUAGAUGUGUUUUUACAUUUUUAUAAUAAGUGUGAUUGAAUUCUUGUAAUUUAAGUUGAUACUCAAACUUAACAAGAAAUACACCUGGUAAAACAAUCACAACU